UCAAUAGUGUAUUGCAAAAAAAAAUAAAACUUCAAGAAAAUUGAAAAACAAAAGAAUAACACCCUAUUGCAAAUAAAAGGAAGUGAAACACACUUGUUUUUUGUGUGUUAUUUGUUGUUGUUGUUGCAUUAUGUCUUGAGAAGAGUGUUUCUAAGUGUGUUGGUUGGGUUUUUUUUUGUGUUUUUGAAUAAGUGCGAAAAAGUUGAUAAGAAAAAAUUCACCAAAAACUCCUGCAACAACAACACAUCUCAACGAUACUUUGCAUCUUUAUGUAUAAAGUUCAGCUGGACGUUGCAUGUGGAUUUACAAUGCGAUUCUCUACUUCAACUUCUACACCGUUAAUAACCUAGAGCGGUUUUAUAAUUUUCAUGCUGGGAGCUGCUGGAGAGCAAUAUAAACAGUGAGUGAAUUGUCAGUGAAGCAGUGGCAGCGCACGGUUUUUAGCAGAAAAAAAAAAUUAAAUCAUCUAAAUGAAAUCAGUUGAAUCUGCAAUGCAAUCAGAGGAAUACAUCAGAAAGACACAUCCAUUGGGCAUCAAAUAAAAAAAAAAAAAUAAAGAAGAAAAAAUCCUACUCCUCUCGGUCUUUAGGCUUCUCUCUCGUCAGACAACUACGACAGUAAUCUGUUUUUUUUUUUUUUUAUUUUUCUUUAAAUUAAAUUUACGCGGAAGAUUUUCAAUUAUCCACCUAAAAGUCAUAGUCGCGUUGUCGUCGUCGUCAAUCGUGCUUGCCGUCGUCGUUGGUUGCAAUUUUUCAUUCAUUUACACCGGCAAAAUUACUUUUCUCUCUUUCCCUCUCUUUAGUAUCGUCUCUCACUCAAAUGAUGAUACUAAAUGAAAUGAUGAUGAUAAUGAUGUUGUUGAUGAAGAAUGACUAAUAGACCAGUAAUUGAAGUUUACUGGAAAUCUAUCUGCCAUUGAAAAUGCAAAAAAAAAUAAUAAUAUUCUCAAACCAAAUUAUGCGGCAAAUUGAAUCAAAUUUGUUGAGAAGAAAAACCAUCAUCGUUGCUAAAUCCACUCCAACAACAAUAAAAACUGAAGAAAAAACUGACAACGAUAGUAGCAGCAGCAUCGUCCACGACGUCCAUAUCGUUGUCGUUGGAAUAAUGACAAAUUUAAUUUUAAAUUACCGUUGCUGGUGGUGGAUUUUAUAAGCUGACAAUUUGUGUCAAAAUGAAUGGCCUAUCAAAAGACCCACAACAACGACAUUGCCAUUUUUUCUUACAUCGUCGAAAUAAAACUCAAAUAAACAAGGAUUAUACUCAUUUGAUGAUAAUAGUAGGAGCUAUCUCCUGCUGCUUCUCCUAUCAAAGAAACAAAAACACAAACAAAUUCAAAACGAAACGAAAUAAUACUGCAUUUGACAAUCAGACAAAAGGACACUUUACGAGAGUAUACUAUAGAAGCAGCGAUAAAAAACUUAGAAAUAGAUGCAGGUUUAUGUGGAAUUUUUAAAAACAACAUCUACAACUACACAUUUAUAAAUAAAUUAUUAUAAAAAAAAAAGAAGAAAUUUUAAAGCCCAGAAUAUAACCAACGACGUGGACCAACGACGAAAGACUCAUAAAUAAAUAUUUGAACAGAAUAUUUACAGAAACCCAUCAUACAAUUUUUAUCAGCUUGGGCUUGGGCGCCAUUUUUAGAGGCACACAAUACAAAACAGAAAAAAAAGAUUGAAUUUUACAUUAACAUCCGGAUUACAAAACGAAACGAGGGUUUCGGGUAAAACACCAGCAGCAGAUACCAAGGAUAUUUUACAAAAUGGCCGAGUCAAGAAGGCAAUCAGUCACUUUUACGGCUAUGCCACCAGGAGUUCUAGUCAAUGAUAGUCGGGCAAAUUCAACUGAUGAUAUACAAAUAGCUCUAGCUCCACAUAUACAGUCCUAUCUGAGUCAAACAGGACGAAGACAUUCUUGUUGCAGCGUUAUGCUACCAGUUGCAUUCGAAAGAGCUGCAGCAAAAUCUUGGAUGGAUCCGAAAUUUGACUCACCUGUGCUGGAGGGACAGUAUUUGACCAGUCUUUUUCCACACAUACGAAUGCGUUAUCGAUUUACGCUAUCAUACAUUUUAAUUUGCUCGUUGGCGUGGUUCCUAUACUUUAUGAUCGGCAGCGGUUCCGAUGACUAUUGGCGGGAAAUCUCAAGUUCCUUCUCGAUUCUAUCGAUAAUAACAAUUCUAGCACUAUGUUUCACCCAUUGCGACAUGUAUCGAGCUCAUUCAAAUAUUACAUCAGCUUUAACAGCCAUUAUUCUUUGUACGGCUUCAUUAGGUUUUCUAAGUUUCACCAGCAACGCAUUUAGUCCAUUGGGACAUUUCGCCAUUUGCCUAGAAAUCAUUCUACUCAUUUACACAGCAAUACCAAUGAAAUUAUGGCUUAGUGCUGUCAUUGCUAUCACAUAUUCAAUACUAUUUGAGACAUUAAGUCAUUUGGUAGCUGGUAAUACAGCAGUGCAUGGAGCUUCCAGUGAACAUUGUUAUAAAGUUUUGAUAUUGCGUAUAUUAUUGCAAUUCAGCGUGCAUUUGGUAGGGGUGCAUGUGCUGGUGAUGAAUGUUGUUCGAAUGCGUGGUACAUUUAUGAAAAUUGGACAGAAUUUAUUGGUACGAAGGCAACUGGAAAUGGAGAAACAGCUGAAAGAGAAGAUGAUUCAUUCUGUGAUGCCACCGAAAGUUGCUGACAUGUUGCUGAAUGAGGGCGGAAUGGAACAACCAGAACUUAUGAGUCCGAAACAUAUGCGGCCGAGAUCAUCGAAUGAUGUUAAGUCACUGUUUAGGCCAUUUCAUAUGCACAGUAUGGAAAAUGUAAGCAUCUUGUUUGCUGAUAUUGUCGGUUUCACCAAAAUGUCGUCGACAAAAAAUGCUGAACAACUGGUUGAGAUAUUGAAUGAUCUUUUCGAACGAUUUGACGAUCUCUGUACUUUAAAUGGAUGUGAGAAGAUUUCUACACUUGGCGACUGUUAUUACUGUGUUUCGGGAUGUCCUGAGCCGAGACCUGAUCAUGCAAUUUGUUGCGUGGAAAUGGGCUUGGGCAUGAUCGAUGCUAUGAGAUGUUUUGAUGCUCAACGACAUGAAGGUGUUAAAAUGAGAGUUGGCGUCCAUACUGGUACGGUUUUAUGUGGGAUUGUGGGAACUCGUAGAGUCAAGUUUGACGUCUGGAGUAACGAUGUAACGCUAGCUAACAAAAUGGAGUCUUCCGGGAAACCAGAACAAGUUCACAUCUCCGAGGCAACAUUGAACUUUUUGGGAGAUGCCUAUUUUGUGGAAGAAGGCGAAGAAGUUAUGGGUCAACGAACAUAUUUUGUUGUAGGUCGACAAAAAGAGAUCUCUCGAAAUAAUAGUCUUAGUCCUAGUGCUCGAAAUGGCUCCAACUACUUGCUAGCCUACCACAACGAACACUCUUUAUCACAGAGUGCCACCAAUGUGUCUGUCAUACAUCCCAACGUUCCGCCAGCUUCACCAGUUGGCCAAACAUCCAGCUCACUUAAUCCAUCACCUUUGCUUUCUAUACGACCACGACUGACAUCACUUACAAUGAAAAUGCGCAAAAAAUCGAACGGCCAUCAGCCACAAGAUGCCGACAAAAGCACAAACAAUAAUUCAGCACAAACUAAUCCUACAAUAAUUAUUACCACAAAAUCCCUUCCAGGAAGUUUGGAUUCCGAUGAUGAAGGUUGUUGUAAAGGCUCCAAUCCCGGGUCGACAUUAAAGCCUCACACCAAUCCGGAAGAAGAAAAUAAAACAAAGGCAAGACUGAAAAACUGGCGAGUACCGCGUUUUCUCAAAAAAAUCGAAGAUUUCAAAAGAGCCGAACCAACGACGGGUUUGCUUAAAUCUGCACCACCCCGACCACCGGAAGAAAUUGUCAUAUGCCUCGAACAGAAUGGCUAUCAGCAGAUUCCACUGCUAAUUGAGACCACGAAGCCCACCUGCACGCUAGACAUUCCACAAAGACCAGGCCAUGCUGCCUCGGCGUCAAUGAUUAAAUCGCCAGACGGAAGUUGCUGUUCUCCCGGACAGCAUUCCAUGUUCGACGAUAUCAUUGAUAUCCGAUCAUACAUCUCACAAUCGCGUAGUGAUAUUUCACCAUUCGGUCGAUCGGGUAGCUAUCGAUCGCAAUGUGGGAGAUCGGGUAUGUCUGGCCAGUCGUGUCACUGGGAUGCCUCGCCUGAAGGUAGACCGCGUGCGUCCACAUUAGCAGCUGCGAAACAUGAUUCAGCACACCAGCAUCAUCAUCAUCAGCAUCAUCAGCAUCCGCCACCGUUGCCACCGUCUCAACAUUGUGACAUCUUAAGUAUAUGUCCUUCAGCGACGAGCCGCAAAGACUCUGGAAUCAAGAGUAACAGUCGGCGGUCAAGUAUUCAGCAGCAGAUCUACGCUCUAAAUCAGACCGCGGCCAUUUCGCAACAUAGAGUUUCCGGUUACUUUACGAGUUCCACUUCCAGCAUCUCAAAUAUCGGUGAUCUGCAAAUACAAAUCCCCGUCCACAUUCCACCUCCUCCACCCGCUCAUCCGCAGCAACAUGUUGCGGAUCCAUUAGCGGCAUGCCUGCAACAACUGAGAAAACAAUCCGAUCUCCAAUUGAUACGCUGUGUUCGAGAUAAUGCUAAAUCGCAGCGGAGUUACUUAGUUAAACCUCCGCUUACACGAUUCAGCUUGUUCUUUAAAUCGCAUCAAAUGGAGAGGGAAUUCCGUUCGAAGGCUCAUCGAUUUGGCAACGAAAAUGAAACCGAAGGCCCUCCAACGCUGGCAACACCUCGCUAUAAUACUUACAUCGACAUUUUUGUUGGCAUUGCGGUGUACUUUUGCAUUGCAGCGUCGCUUUUUCUCAUGGCGCCAUCUACCGUCUCAUAUUUUCACAUUUGGGUGGCUGUCUUCUCACUUUUCACCGGCAUUCAGUUUUUUGCUUUGUUUCUUUUUACCCGACAAAUGUGUCGUCGAAAUAAUGGUAAAGAUAAAACAACGCAGAAGGAAUCAUGUGCGGAUCGGAUAUUCGAGGCGAUUUCAAGUUGGUACCCCUGGCAUACGUGUCUGGCAGUUUUGAUGUCAAUGCCAGCGGUCUUGAUCAUUAUACAUUUCCUUCUCUUGGAUCUAAAUUUGCUGCAAGCUUUCGAAUACCAUUACGGUUUCCUGAUAUUCGUUUGUAUUGUUCAUUUCUGCAAUUUUACACAGCUGAAUUGCUGGAUGCGGAAUAUUUUGGCAUUUCUAGCAGCUAUGGGAUUUGUUGGGAUUGCAGUUAGCCAACUGACAGAUUACGUCAAUCGAAGUGAUCUUGUCAAUUCAACAGAGCCCUCGAUUAUGCCAAAUACGCACACUAUAAUUUCGGAAGAAGUCCAAUGGUUUCAUGAUUACCAUGUGGAAAUCUAUCUCGAUCUUCUACUAAUCCUAAUUCUCGUAUGGUUGCUGAAUAGAGAAUUUGAAAUAGGUUAUCGAUUGACAUUUUAUGGAAAUGCAGUUGCCAAUCAAGAUAAAAUUCGUGUGCAAAAUAUGAAAAAUCAAGCGGACAUGUUGUUGCACAAUAUCAUACCGAAACAUGUUGCAGAACAUUUGAAAAAUACCGCUAAAUAUUCAGAAAAUCAUCGAAAUGUUGCGAUAAUUUUUGCAAGUAUUGUUAAUUUCAACGAAAUGUACGACGAAAGUUAUUUAGGUGGCAAGGAAUAUCUGCGAGUACUUAACGAACUUAUUGGUGAUUUUGACGAACAAUUAUCGAGACCGGAAUUUCGAUGUGUUGAGAAGAUCAAAACGAUUGGUAGUACUUUUAUGGCAGCUAGUGGAUUGGAUCCACUCAAUCGAGGUGAUAAUAAUCAUCAUAUUCAUGCACUAAUGGAAUUUUCCAAAGCUAUGCAGUCUGUUGUGGAUUCGUUUAAUAAGGAUCUACUAGAAUUCAAUUUGAUUCUACGAAUAGGUUUCAAUAUUGGAGAUGUGACAGCUGGUGUAAUUGGAACGAGUAAAUUGCAUUAUGACAUUUGGGGUGAUGCUGUUAAUGUGGCAAGUCGCAUGGAUUCGACGGGAAUUCCAGGGAGACUUCAGGUUGGAAAAGAUUGUUUGCCAUAUUUGGAGGAUAGGUAUGUAUUUGAACCUCGCGGGGAAGUUUAUGUGAAGGGAAAGGAUCACAUGGAGGUAUUUUUAUAUCAAGGGGAAAAAGAAGUUUUGGAGGAGAAUGAGGGUGAGUGUGAUGGUGAAGGUGUAAGUGAGGGCGAAGAUGGGGUUGAGGGUGAGAAAGAAGAUUGUUAAACAAAAAUGCAGUUGGGUUGUGUAGUUGAGUUUAAGUCAAGCAAUAGAGACAUACAAUAUUAUAUGUUAGCCAGCUUGGCAAUAUCUUGAUAUCAUUCCCUUAUUUAAUGUCCUACUUAGAAACUGAAUUCAAGUUUGUGUGAAAAAUGGACGAAAAGUUAAUUUGAUGAUCCAAUUUUUUAUAUGAAGUUAGAGACGUAAACCACUUUUUUUUUCAAAAAUGAGUUUUUCAUAACAAUUGGUCUCUUAAAAUAUCUAUUUAAAUAUAAAAAACAGAUUUAUGCAGCUAGCUACACUCAAAACUAGAUGGCACUCAAUAAAGUGUUGUUUUAAAAAACCCUGUUUCUUAAAUCUCUCGUAGCUUAAAACUGAAUUUUAUGGCUUACGUCACUAUUGUUCUCUGCUCUGCUCUCUGAUUGGCUAGCUGUCAAACAAAAUUCUUCCAAUUAUGGCAAUUCUAUCCCUAACUCUUUUUACAUGUAAAUGACGUUGACAAAUAUUUAAUCCCUAAUAUUUCCCGAACGUGCCUAUUUAAAAGCCACCAAUAGUUGGCUUCUAAGCCAGCAUCAAUAAAUCUCUCUCUAGCAUGUCAAAUUCUCCACUUUGAUGAAUCUGACAUAAUAAAGCCGAAUUUCAAAAUUCGGCGUUAUUUCACUUUACGAAAACGAAAUAAUUCCAAAUAAAAUGUCCACAUUUCGCCCUAUAGCAAUUUAUCAAAUUCAUAGGAAUCAUAAGUCUGAAAUUCAAUUAGGGAAUAACGAUCCUCCCAUCGAGACAUAAGUUCCAAAUAAAAAUGUUGGGUCUUAUGUUCCUCCUAAUAUUCCUUAAGAUGAGUUUGAAGAAGUGAUGGAAAACUGUCUGCAGUGGAUUUCGCAUCCAAGACAGAGACGAGAUCUCAUCGUGCGAUUUUUGGGUUUUAUUUUAUCAAACUCUCUAAAACUAGAAUUCUAAAAGAUUCAAAAGUUUCUGCUUUCAAAUUCACAAAAAAACUAAAGUUCCAUGAGAUGUCUUCUCCCAGUUUAAAAAAUUUUCACAAAUACCGAAUUUAAACCAGUGUUGAUUAUUCUAAGCCUUAUUUAAAAUGGCGCCCAACGCUCUGUAUUUAGAAUCUCUUAGACUAACGCCGUGUGCAAAUUGGUUUAUAUUUUUUAGCCAAGGAUAAAUUUAAGACCAAUUUGCACACGGUCAAAUUGCACAGAAGUUCAAAAGUUCGAAUUGGCCUUAUUUCACUUUGUGAUGGUGAAAUAAGACCGAGUGAGUGUUUUUUUUAACAUAGUUAUGGCUGACUUUAAACUCAAAUUACACUUCCCAAUAAUAUCAGUCUCGUUCUUUGGAGGUUGCAAACUGCUAUAAGUAUGGACUUUAUAAGGGAUUUUCAGUGGAACGCCUUUUCAAAGUAGUAAAUGUACUAGAUCAUCUACUGAUGAGCAGUUUCCCUCUAAAAGAGUGGGACUAUUGCAAUGUUUCGCAAACACAAAUAAGAAGUAAAAAAAAACCUUUUUCAUUAAAGAAACAAUUUAAAUAACUAAAAAUAAAGAAUCAUAGUAAAAGAAUUCUUGUCAACGUGUGAUAAACUGUUAAACUAAAUAAAACGAUUGAGGGCUUUAAUAAAAACAAAAUAACAUAAUAUAACAAAAGUUAUAAAAAAAUAAAAAAAAAUAUUUUUUAAAUGUGUGAAAGAAAAACAAAAAUAAAAAAAGAUAAAAACUCCUCAAAGGUCUGUUACCUGAAUAUAUAUAUAUAUAUUAAAUUGUAUAUGUUUAAAACAAAUAAAUACAACUUUGUUAACAUAAAUGUAUAAAUAAUAAAAUAUUUUCAUUUUUAUUUUGUAAUCUUAAUUUAAAAAAAAAAAAACAAAAUUAUAUAUAUUUACAUUUAGAAAAUAUACUCUUAGCCAAUAUGUGCGUGUAAAAAAUUUGAGCUUAGUUAAGGCUUUUAAAUUAUAUUUAUGUAUGUGAUCCUAAUUAUUGAUUUUAUAUAUGGAUUAUUUUUAUUUUAAUAUUGUUAACUUAAUUUUAAUAAUAUCCGCGCAUACACACAUUACUUCUUGCCUUAUUUUUUUUUUUCUAAAAUUAUUUUUGUGUUACAUUUUUAUUUUAAAAAAAUAUACUUACUUUUAGAAUUUGAUACCAAAACAGAAACUUUAUAAUUCGUUAUUUCUUUUGU